AUGAAGGACAAGUACACAACAUCAUCCGCCACAUCCCCUUCGUGGUCAUCACACAACAAACAACCAAUUAUAAAGUCACAUAAGCAUGAUGACGACUGUGACGAGGACAACCCUGACAGGGUAUCGUCAUAUCUGCUCGCCCAAGAGACAUCAUCCUUUGGCAGACCACAACAACAACAACAUCUUCUGCCAACACCGACACCAUCAUCAACACAAUCAUCAAACACAUCGUCAUCAUUACUCGACUGCCCAUCUGAACGCGACUUUGUACCAGUCGAGAACAUCUAUCUGCCCGAGGACGAUAGAUUCACAUACUAUCAUAAGCGUCCGUAUGGUCAUGCCUCGAUAAGCAACUCUGACAUCACCCGUCAUGUUGGUCCAACACCAUCCCAUUCUACAUCUACUCCUACUGCUGCACCAGCAUCUGCACCAACAACAACACCAACAUCAUCAUCGGCAUCAUCACUCCCCUUUGUAACCGAACACAACAUCAGUGGCAACAACUCUCAUCAAUCAGACGAAGACUAUAACUUGGUAGUUGGGGAGAGCUCUGAACCGGACACAUUGCUACCAUUCUCAUUGUCGCCAAUCAUUGGCAAUGAACGCGACAACCUGUACAACAUCGACAACAUUGACAUUAUCAGCGACCUGAGCAGCUCGUCGUCCAAAGCGCCGCUCAAGGUGUGGCAGGAGAAGUUCCGGCGCAAGUCACUCUUUGAGCCGCUGGCCGACUAUCCCACUCAAUCAACAUUGUUGGAUUCACUCUCACUCAUGACCAUGCCUCCAAUCGUCAGCAACUUUAUCCGAGAGGAUGGCGAGGGCUUUGCCGGCAUCAACCCGCACACCACUGCGCAGACCGACAAGCUGCUGGAGAAGAUGAGGAUGGAGCGCUCCUUCCUCGAGUCCAAGUGCCACUGUGUGCGCUGCCACAAGUGCAACCAACAGUUCCCCGACAUGAUGAACCAACGUGCUCUAUUCGAGCUCAAGCAUGCUUUGAAGACCUUCCGCGAUGGCGACUUCUCAAUCAGACUGACAUCAAAUGGAUGCUCUGGCAUUGGAAAGGAGAUCAUUGAGAUGUUCAACGACACUGUGACACUGUGCGACCUCAUGUCCAAAGAGUUCACACGUGUCGGUAACCAAGUCGGAAAGGAGGGAAACACAAUGGACCGUGCCGUGUUGCCUGACGCCAAAGGCAGCUGGAAGUUCUGCAUCGAUCUUGUAAAUACACUCAUUGGUGACAUGGUCCAGCCGACCGAGGAGGUGGUCCGUGUCAUUGGCUCGGUCGCCAAGGGUGACCUGUCGCAGACCAUCAAGAUGGAGUACGGUUCGGGCAAGCAACUUCGUGGAGAGUUCCUCAGGAUCGCCAAGGUCGUCAACACGAUGGUCUCCCAGCUCAAGAGUUUCAGUUCAGAGGUGACUCGUGUGGCUCGCGAGGUCGGUACAGAGGGCAAGCUUGGCGGCCAGGCCGUCGUGCCAGGCGUCGACGGCAUCUGGAAGGACCUGACCGACAAUGUCAACACCAUGGCGUCCAAUCUGACCGACCAAGUGCGUGCCAUUGCCGACGUGACCACAGCCGUGGCCGGUGGUGACCUGUCCAGGAAGAUCUCGCUCGAUGUCAAGGGUGAGAUUCUCGAGCUCAAGGUCACAAUCAACACAAUGGUCGAUCAGCUAAACUCCUUUGCCAGUGAGGUGACGCGUGUGGCGCGUGAAGUCGGAACCGAGGGCAAGCUGGGCGGCCAGGCCGAGGUGACGGGCGUGGACGGUGUCUGGAAGGACCUGACCGAGAAUGUCAACACCAUGGCGCAGAACCUCACCAGUCAGGUGCGUGCCAUUGCCGAUGUGACCACAGCUGUCGCUCGAGGAGACCUCUCCAAGAAGAUCACGAUCGAUGUCCGAGGCGAGAUCCUUCAACUAAAAGGGACAAUCAACACAAUGGUGGACCAACUGAAUUCCUUUGCGAGUGAAGUGACUAGAGUGGCCCUUGAGGUCGGUACAGAAGGUAUACUUGGUGGACAAGCAGAGGUCGAAGGCGUGGAUGGAGUUUGGAAAGCCCUGACCGAGAAUGUAAAUAUAAUGGCAGCCAACCUUACGAGCCAGGUGAGGGAGAUUGCGCUGGUGACCACGGCGGUGGCCACCGGCGACCUGUCCAGGAAGAUAACACUGGAUGUACGCGGCGAGAUCCUCCAACUCAAGAACACUAUCAAUACAAUGGUCGACCAACUCAACUCAUUCGCGAGUGAGGUGACUCGUGUGUCCAGGGAGGUGGGCACAGAAGGCAAGCUCGGUGGCCAGGCCGAGGUGGAAGGCGUCGGAGGUGUCUGGAAGGAUCUGACGUACAAUGUAAACACAAUGGCAGCCAACCUGACGGGACAAGUACGUGCCAUUGCCGAGGUUACCACGUCCGUGGCUUGUGGUGAUCUCUCCAAGAAGAUCACAGUCGAUGUCAAUGGCGAGAUCAGACAACUCAAGGAGACCAUCAACACAAUGGUGGACCAACUGAAUGCCUUUGCCGCUGAGGUAACUCGUGUGGCACUUGAAGUCGGUACCGAGGGCAAGCUUGGCGGCCAGGCCCAAGUCAAGGGCGUUGGUGGCGUGUGGAAGGACCUGACAGACAAUGUAAACACAAUGGCAGCCAAUCUGACGGGCCAGGUGCGUGCCAUCGCCGAGGUGACCACUGCCGUGGCAAGUGGCGACCUCUCCAAGAAGAUCUACCUGGAUGUCCGUGGCGAGAUCCUUGAGCUCAAGGAGACCAUCAACACAAUGGUGGACCAACUGAGUACGUUCGCCGCAGAGGUAACUCGUGUUGCCGGAGAAGUCGGUACCGAGGGUAUCCUUGGAGGCCAGGCUCAAGUCAAGGGCGUCGGCGGAGUGUGGAAGGACCUGACAGACAACGUAAACACAAUGGCAGCCAAUCUGACGGGCCAGGUGCGAGCCAUUGCCGAAGUAGCCAAGUCCGUGACUAAGGGCGACUUCACUCGAGUGAUCUCUGUCGAGGCCAAGGGUGAGGUAAACAUCCUCAAGCAGAUUAUCAACGAGAUGAUCCACAAUCUCAAGGAGACCACAAUCAAGAACACACUGGCUAAGGAGGCUGCCGAGGCUGCGUCGAGGGCCAAGUCCGACUUCAUGGCCAACAUGUCUCACGAGAUCCGUACACCAAUGAACGGUAUCAUAGGUAUGACUGACCUGACACUAGACACCGAGCUGAGUGCCGAGCAGAGGGAGUACCUCACAAUGGUGCAGUCCUCAGCUGGCUCACUCCUGACGAUCAUCAAUGACAUUCUGGACUUCUCCAAGAUUGAAGCCGGAAGACUGGAAUUAGACCAAUCAGAGUUCUCACUAAGAACUAUCCUGUAUGAUACACUCAAGACAUUGGCUUGGAGAUCACAUCAGAAGGGACUGGAGAUCAUCUGUGACAUCUUCCCAGAGGUACCGGACCAUUUGAUUGGUGACCCGGGCAGAUUGAGACAGAUCGUCACCAACCUUGUUGGCAAUGCAAUCAAGUUCACGGCCGAGGGCGAGGUGUCGCUCGUAGUCAAGCGUGAUGAAACAUCAACCGACAAGGAGGCUCUCAUCUCAUUCUCUGUCAUUGACACUGGCAUUGGCAUCCCGGCUGAGAAGCUCCAUCUGAUCUUCGAAGCAUUCUCCCAAGCAGACGGCUCAAUCACUAGAAAGUAUGGAGGCACUGGUCUAGGUCUCACCAUCUCCACGCGUCUCGUCGAGUUGAUGGGUGGCAAGCUCAAGGCCGAGUCCACCCCAGGCCAGGGCAGCCGCUUCGACUUUGUCGCCAAGUUCCCACUGGGCCAGCCAUCGAUCGACAACACCAAGGUCGUGCUCAAGAGUGUCAACACCCUGAUCAUCGAUGAUAAUCCAUCGACCAGACGAGUGCUCCACCAGAUGCUCUCAGAGUACGGUGUCAACGCUGACACUGCCGAGUCGCCCGACUCUGCCUUCCAGCUGCUUCGCGCGGCCUCAAUGAAGAAGGAGCCCUACGAGUUCAUCUUCAUGGACGCGCAGCUGAAUGGCAAGGAUGGAUUCCUUGUGGCCGAGGCCAUCAAGCAGGACCCAACGAUCAGUCGCACAUCAAUCAUCAUGCUGAUAUGUGGUAGUGGCCAGAGAGGCGACCCAGAGAACCGCAGCAGUGUGAUCACUGGCUACCUGACCAAGCCCGUGUCGCCAUCCGAGAUGCUCGAGGCACUUCAAGGCUCCAACACUGACAAUGCCAAGCCACGCUUUACCGAGAAGAGCAUCGUCCAGGCCGAGACCGCAUCCGAGAUUCUGCUCGCAGAGGACAACGUAGUCAACCAGCGUCUGGCCAUCCGUCUUUUGGAAAGAUUCGGUCACAAGGUGACUCUGGCAGAGAACGGCCUUCAAGCUGUUGCCGCCUCCGAGAUGAAGGACUUUGACCUAAUCCUUAUGGAUGUGCAGAUGCCCCACAUGGGUGGCUUCGAGGCCACCAGCACGAUCCGUUUGCGUGAGAAGUCAAUCAACAAGCACACACCAAUCAUUGCCAUGACGGCACACGCGCUGCAAAAGGACAAGGAGAAGUGUCUGGAGGCCGGCAUGGACGACUACCUGUCCAAGCCAAUCAACCCCGACCAGCUGAGGAUGGUGAUCGAGAAGUACCUGGGCAACACGCAGGUGCUCCAGCAGAUGACGCCCAUCCAGAACGACUCCAACCUCAACAUCAAGGCCCAGCAGUUCCUCACCGACUACCAGAGCAUCAUGGAUGAGAUCAACCGAGCGAUCAAUGGCAACAACCCCGACAAGCUAUGCAGUGAGGCUCGUAAGCUACGCCAAUACGUCUCACACUUUAGCACGGACAUUGAGCGCGUGAUCAAAGAGCUAGAGACCAUCUCUCGCGACUACCGUGACCUUGAGAACGCACGUUCCAUACGCAAGAGGAUCGAGGCUGAGAUCAACCGUCUGAUUCCAAUCAUCAUGGAUCUUGCCAAGUCCAAGUAG